AGCAAAUCCCCACGAACAGAGUGCCAAAUACCCAAAUCUCUCAAAAAAGAGGCCCUUGUUCUCCUCGCGAGAGAACUGGAAGCGGGGCUCCUCAUCCUAUCCACGCGGCCUGUCCAAAUCGGACCUCCCCUUCCUGCUCUGCUCUUGUCCUUCUUCAGCUGCUUUCAGCUCGCACCGCUCAGGACGGCGCCUGCGACCUGUUUGAUGGAGGCAGUAGCACUGGAAGAAAUUCAGAACUGUGUGGUGAAGCUGAGGAGCAAUCCUCAACGGCGCAAGAAUCAAGUAUAUGUUGGCUGUGGGGCUGGAUUUGGGGGUGACCGGCCGAUGGCUGCUUUGAAGUUAUUGGAGAGAGUCGAAGAACUUAACUACAUAGUACUUGAGUGUUUGGCGGAGCGAACACUUGCAGACCGCUACCAAGUUAUGCUGUCAGGAGGGAAAGGAUUUGACCCCCGAGUUAAGGAGUGGCUGUCCGUGCUUCUACCCUUGGCUUUGGAUAGAGAAGUUUGCAUAAUUACUAACAUGGGCGCAAUCGAUCCACCUGGAGCACAGAAAGAAAUACUGGACCUUGCUUCUAGUUUGGGACUGGAGAUAACAGUCGCUGUAGCUUAUGAAUCAUCGAUUUCAGGUCCAGAAAACUCAGUAUUAUCGAAUGAAUCAAUGGGAGUGGCAGAGGGAAGAAGCACAUAUCUUGGUGCAGCCCCCAUUGUACAUUGCCUGGAAACUUACAAACCACAUGUCAUCAUUACUUCUCGGGUUGCUGAUGCUGCACUAUUCUUAGCACCUAUGGUCUACGAAUUGGGUUGGAAUUGGAAUGACUUUGAUAAGUUGGCACAAGGGACAUUGGCUAGCCAUCUUCUGGAAUGUGGUUGUCAACUCACUGGAGGAUAUUUCAUGCAUCCUGGAGAUGCAUAUCGAGAUUUUUCUUUUGAGCAGCUUCGGGAUUUGUCUCUUCCAUAUGCUGAAGUGAGUUACAAAGGAGAAGUUUGUGUUGGCAAGGCAAAGGGUAGCGGAGGUCUUCUGAGCUAUAGCACUUGUGCAGAACAGCUUCUGUAUGAAGUUGGAGACCCUGCAAACUACAUCACUCCUGAUCUGGUUGUAGAUUUCAGUGACGUGCAGUUCCAUCAAAUAUCACAAGACAAGGUUCACUGUAAAGGAGCAAAACCAUCUGAUCUUCGUGGGCCCGAGAAACUCCUCCAAUUGUUUCCUACUCCAAAUGGAUGGAAAGGCUGGGGAGAGAUAUCAUACGGGGGACAAGAGUGUUUAAGGCGCGCUCAGGCAGCAGAAUACCUAGUUAGGUCAUGGAUGAACGAAAGAUAUCCCGGCAUCGAAGAGAAAAUUAUCGCAUAUGUUAUGGGAUAUGAUAGCGUGAAAGCUAAUGGAGGUGACAAUGACAGUCGUCACUCUUCCAAGGAAGUGAUAGAUGUUAGACUUCGGAUGGAUGGGCUAUUUGAGCAGGAGGAGCAUGCUGAUGGAUUCGUUGAGGAGUUCAUUGCACUUUAUACAAAUGGUCCAGCCGGAGGUGGUGGCAUCAGCACUGGACGAAAGAACGAACUAACUCUGCAGAAGUUGCUGAUUGAUAGGGAAAACAUCUUCUGGCAAGCCAAUGCGAAGAACUCAGCCAUUCCUGGUUCACUGUCUACAAAUGGCAAGAAGAAGAAUAGGUACACGGGAAGUUUUGCGGCGGGCAUUCAACAACGCUUGAAUACAAAGCUGGACGAACCAGCACCUCCUGUAUCUGCUCCAGCUCCAUCUGGGUCGGAGAUCGCCCUGUACCGUGUGGCCCACAGCAGAGCCGGCGACAAGGGGAACGAUCUGAAUCUGUCCAUCAUCCCUCAUUUCCCAGAUGACAUUGGUCGGCUCAGGACAGUGAUCACUCCUGAGUGGGUGAAGGGCUCUCUUUCGCCCCUGCUUGAUCAUUCGUCAUUUCCAGACGACCGAGCGAUCGAGCAUCGAAACAAUCUGCUUGAGCGCGUCGCAGUUGAGAUUUACGAUGUCCUGGGCAUCAGCUCAUUGAACAUCGUGGUGAGGAAUAUCCUCGACGGCGGCGUGAACUGCUCCAGAAGGGUGGACCGGCACGGCAAGACUCUGUCGGAUCUCAUCCUGUGCCGGAAAGUCAUCCUGCCUCCGUAGUGACUGACAGUUGAGAGAUCACCGGCACCCGGUGUAGAGGGAGGGAUGUCUAGAAUCACCAUCUACUGUUGUUGCGAAAAAUAGAAAGGUUGACGUGAUAAUAAGACCUGUGAACAGAACAAUAAGGCCUGUUGUAUGAAACAAACAAACCAUAUAUGUAUGCUGUUAAUAAUCAUUUGGCAUCAUUGGCCGCU